UGGUCUACGCGUCUAGCUAGGGGUGUGCGCCGGGGAGAAGCAAUGUAUAUCUAGAUGAGCAGCCCGACAUACUGCUCGCGCGCUGCGUGGCCGGGUUGCCCGUCCGCGAGCCGCCGCCCCCGUCCCCUCACCCCGCUUGCUCUUCCCGGAGCCCUAUUCCUAGCUUCGCCCCCCCCCUUCGCUUCCCGUCGGCUUGGCAAGCGGUCAGAUAUGUCAGAGACCUAGCCCGGCAGCUGGGAAAGGCUACACAAGCGCCCGCUGGAUAACGGCCCCUGGGUUAGGGUUGGGUUGGGUUGGGCAAGAUGGGGUCCGCCGAGGCGCGGAACUGGGCUUCGGGAGGAGCAAGGAAAGGGGGAUGGGCGGGCGUAGUCUGAGGAGGAAUCUCUCCGCCCGUCUACUGCCGUCCUGUUGCCGUUCUUGCCGGCAUACUAUUGUCUGCCUGUCCGCGCACCGCUUACCUACCCGUCUAUCUCCCCGUCUACGCCCUUUCCGCUCUAUCCUCCCUUCCCGCUCUAUCCUUCCUGCCCGUCUACCCGCCUACCCGCCUACCUACUCGCGGUGCGUAUCGAGACGGGGGAUCUCGAGGUUGCCGCGGAGGGGUUCCUUUCCGCAUAACGUCGGGGGCUCAGUGGGCUAGGCAGGUGGGUUGGGUAUAGGUAGACGGGUAGAUAGAGAUAGUCGAUGGAUGGAGACGGAGAGAACCGCACGCCCGGGAACGUCAGGGGUGGUAGUAAGCAAGGCGGGCCACGUGCGGCUCCUGCACACGUGUACGUGUACGCAUGCGGCGGCGGCGGCGGCUUACGGACGCUGGCAUUGUUUCAGGAAGUGGGUGAGAUCUUUCCCAUAGGCACAGCAAGCUCGACGCGUAGCAUACGACUCGGGGACUCGCCUGGCGGGCGCAACGCGCGGUGCUUGCGACACGGCAGACUCGUUGGCGGAUACGUCGGGAGAGAGGACGCUACGGGGAGUGGCAGACAAGAAGGGAGAGGGGAAUCCGAGACUGGGCCAGGGCACGGGAGGGAAAAGGAGGACGAGGGAUACGUGAGGAACAGGAAGACAUGUUGGGGGCGGGCCGUGGGGCUAGCUGGCCGAGAACAUAACCAACGGCGGCGAGAGGACGGAGGAGACGUCGAGAGUUGCAAACCCCAGCCACUACACAAGACAUCUAGCCACCUAGGCACAGAGUUAGCUGGUUCACUAGUGAAGACGAGAAAUCGCGUCUGUCGGGAUUCGAAUCUCCCGUGCCUCCCCUUACGUACGCUCCACGCGUUGGCAUCGAGCCGGGCGCCGACCUCCUCGCGAGUUGUAUACCGUGCGCGGAGUACGGCCCUGGGAGGAUCGCGGCGCUAUCUACCCAUGUGGCCUCUAGACAUGGGACCUAGAUCAGGUCAUUCCUCGCUGGGUACCGUGGCUGGCUCUCGCUAGGGCGCUAGGGCUGUUCGCUCGGCAGGUCAGUUGGGC